AUGGCGUCUGACUAUGGCAGCGCGACAAACCACCCACACCCCCCCGUACACAACACUGCCCUGACUGAUAACCUACCACCCCCACCAAGCUAUGAGGAGGCCAUCAGCACCGCCCCCACGCCCAACGCCCCUGCCCCAUACCAUGCAACCUCACAGCACCCCGCACCAUCCACAGCUCCCUAUCCAUCAGCCACGCCCUAUUCCUACCCCAUCUCCAUCACCACGUGCAAACCUGUCCCCACUGCUUCUUGUCCCACUCCCCCGUAUCCCGUCUCGCCCUCCUUCCCCAGGCCCACGCCGUCUCAGUCGUCAUCCACCCCGACGCAGAUCACAUCCGCACCUGCAGUACUGGUCCAGCAGCCACGGGAACAAGACGGCACCUCGCCCUUCACCCGCUGUGUCCUGGUCAUUGGAGCAUCGAUGAUCGUCUCUAUAGUGAUGUACCUCUUGAAAGCACUGAUAUUCUCUUUUAUGUAG